CAGGCUGGGCUCGCCAUGGUGCUGGGUGCCAUCCUGGCACGAGGGCGGGACGUGUGCCGGCGGAAUGGACUGCUCAUCCUGUCUGUGCUCUCUGUCACCGUGGGCUGCCUCCUCGGCUUCUUCCUGAGGACCCGGCACCUCUCACCACAGGAAAUCAGUUACUUCCAGUUUCCGGGAGAGCUCUUGAUGAGGAUGUUGAAGAUGCUGAUCCUACCACUGGUGGUCUCCAGCUUGAUGUCCGGCCUCGCCUCCCUGGAUGCCAAGACCUCCAGCCGCCUGGGCAUCCUCACUGUAGCGUACUACCUGUGGACCACCUUCGUGGCAGUCAUCGUGGGCAUCGUCAUGGUCUCCAUCAUCCACCCGGGCAGCGCGGCCCAGAAGGAGACGACGGAGCAUAGCGGGAAGCCCAUCAUGAGCUCAGCAGACCCCCUGCUGGACCUCAUUCGGAACAUGUUCCCAGCCAACCUGGUGGAAGCCACAUUCAAACAGUACCGCACCAAGACCACCCCCGUUGUGAAGUCCCCAAAGGUGGCACCGGAGGAGGCCCCUCCUCGGCGGAUCCUCAUCUAUGGGGUCCAGGAGGAGAAUGGCUCUCGUGUGCAGAACUUCGCCCUGGACCUGACCCCACCGCCCGAGGUCGUUUACAAGUCGGAGCCUGGCACCAGCGACGGCAUGAACGUGCUGGGCAUCGUCAUCUUCUCUGCCACCAUGGGCAUCAUGCUGGGCCGUAUGGGUGACAGUGGGGCCCCCCUGGUCAGCUUCUGCCAGUGCCUCAAUGAGUCCGUCAUGAAGAUCGUGGCAGUGGCUGUGUGGUACUUCCCCUUUGGCAUCGUGUUCCUCAUCGCUGGCAAGAUCCUGGAGAUGGACAACCCCACGACCGUGGGAAAGAAGCUGGGCUUCUACGCUGCCACCGUGGUGUGCGGGCUGGUGGUGCACGGCCUCUUCAUCCUGCCCCUGCUCUACUUCUUCAUCACCAAAAAGAACCCCAUCGUCUUCAUCCGCGGCAUUCUCCAGGCCCUGCUCAUCGCGCUGGCCACCUCCUCCAGCUCAGCCACACUGCCAAUCACCUUCAAGUGCCUGCUGGAGAACAACCACAUCGACCGGCGCAUUGCCCGCUUCGUGCUGCCCGUGGGCGCCACCAUCAACAUGGAUGGCACUGCACUCUACGAGGCUGUGGCCGCCAUCUUCAUUGCCCAGGUCAACAACUAUGAGCUGGACUUCGGCCAGAUCAUCACCAUCAGCAUCACAGCCACCGCAGCCAGCAUCGGGGCAGCCGGCAUCCCCCAGGCCGGGCUCGUCACCAUGGUCAUCGUGCUCACCUCCGUGGGACUUCCCACUGAUGACAUCACCCUCAUCAUCGCUGUCGACUGGGCUCUGGACCGUUUCCGCACCAUGAUUAACGUGCUGGGUGAUGCGCUGGCCGCCGGGAUCAUGGCUCAUGUCUGCCGGAAGGACUUCGCUCAGGACACGGGCACUGAGAAACUGCUGCCCUGCGAGACCAAGCCAGUGAGCCUCCAGGAGAUCGUGGCGACCCAGCAGAAUGGCUGUGUGAAGAGCGUGGCUGAGGCCUCAGAGCUGACCCUGGGCCCCACCUGUCCCCACCACGUCCCCAUCCAGGUGGAGCAGGAUGAGGAGCCAGCUGCUGCCAGUCUGGACCACUGCACCAUUGAGAUCAGUGAGCUUGAGACCAACGUCUGAGCCUGCGGAGCUGUAGGGGCCAGGGCAGGCCUCCAAGAUUAGGGGCCAAGGGCAGGAUCUCAACUCACGACUUUCCUGAGCACAAGGACCAGGCUCACACUAUCUUCCCCCCCAACUUGAGAGACCGGAAUGAGAUCCACUUGACGGAACGUGGAGUCUCAGAAAGGGGAAAGACUGCACGUGGGAGCCCCAGCUGGAGAGUUACAGGCAGGCGUAGCCCAAGCCCCGACCGUAACAUUUGCAUCGUGUUGGCCUGUGAGGGCGGCAGGCAGGGGUACGGUCCCCACUUUCAGGAGCACAGAGUUGAGGCUCUGAGAGCUGAAAACACUUGCGCCAGGUCUCAGAGCAAAUAAUGUCAGGGCCAGGACUCUAGUUCAAGGCUUUCAAGCCUCGGCCCCUCCCUCCUGGAGGAUAGGGAUGCCUGCAAGGCCAGAUGCCGAGAGAGAGGCUCUGCCCCUCCCCAGGAGCCCCAGAGCCACCACUGCUUUCAAUUUAUGAAGACACAGCAAUGUCCUGGUUCUGCCCCAGCUGUGUCCCAGCCCAGGCCAGCCCCCACCCUGCCCCGUAACACGUGGCCUCAAACAAACUGCUCUCCCCAAGGAUGGGCCCAGCCUAAGGCCAAGACCGCUGCCUUCCAUGUGCCACUGCCCGUCCCGUCUCCUGUCCUACCAGUUAUCUCUCACAAAGCUCACCCAAUGUGGAGACGAGGAUGUCUUCAUCAGAGCCACAGGGCCCUUAGAAACACCAGGGCUAGCCUCCCACUGAACAGGUGGGCUGGCCGGGACUGGGGAGGUAGGCUCACCUGGGAUGCUUUAGUCAAGCUACCCAUGUGGCCCUGGGGUCAGCGGUCCCCCAA